CUGAUAAACGAUACUUUAAAGUCGUUAUAGUGAAAAUCGUGUGUUGCGGUGAAAUUGAUCGUUAAACAAAAUCGACGAUGGCCAAGGUUCAGCUAGCAAAUGUAACUGUUCUCGAUAAUCCUUCACCGUUUCUAAACCCAUUUCAGUUCGAAGUUACUUUUGAGUGUAUCGAAGAACUGAAAGAAGAUUUAGAAUGGAAGAUGAUCUAUGUCGGCAGCGCUGAAUCCGAAGAAUUUGAUCAGGUUUUAGAUACAAUUUAUGUUGGUCCAAUUCCUGAAGGAAGGCAUAUGUUUAUAUUUCAGGCUGACCCUCCUGAUGUUAGUAGGAUUCCAGUCAAUGAUGCUUUAGGUGUUACUGUUGUAUUGUUAACUUGUUCAUAUAGAGGACAUGAAUUUGUGCGUGUUGGCUAUUUUAUAAAUAAUGAAUACACAGAUGCAGAACUUAGAGAAAAUCCACCACCGCAGCCUCAGUUUGACAAAGUGCAAAGAAAUAUCUUAGGAGAUAAACCACGUGUUACUAGAUUCAAAAUAAACUGGGAUGAUGGAACAAGUUCAGCAACAAACAAUGUACCAGAAGGCAUGGAUGCCCAAUCCUUAGAGGAAACAUCACAGGAUGCACCCACAUCUACAUUAGGUUUCACAGAGAGUACACACAAUAGUAUGGAAGUAAUGUGAAUGUCUGUUGAUUGCCAAUAAUGAAUAAGCUAGC